AUGAAAAUAUUUGAAAAGGCCGCAAUAAAGAUAUUGGAAAGGGGAUCAAUGAAGGAUUAUGAAAGAACGCAAUUAAAAUAUUUGGAAAAGGGCGCAAUAAAAACAUUUGAAAAGAGCGCAAUAAAGAUAUUGGAAAGGGGAUCAAUGAAGGAUU